AUGGAAGUUCUCAAGGUACGUUUGCAAAUGAGUUCAGACAUGGGAAAGCGUGGCCCAAUUUUGGAGCUUCAAAGGACUGUAUCUGAAGAGGGAAUCAAAGCUCUGUGGAAGGGGGUGGGUCCUGCCAUGGCCAGAGCCGCUGCCUUGACUGCAUCUCAGUUGGCUACCUAUGAUGAAACCAAGCAGAUUCUAGUCAAGUGGACAUCUCUCAGAGAAGGGUUUCAUCUGCAUCUAAUCUCAAGCACAGUUGCAGGAAUACUGAGCACCCUAAUAACUGCACCAGUGGAUAUGGUUAAAACACGUCUCAUGUUGCAACGACAAUCCAAGGGUGGUAUAAUGUAUAAAAAUGGAUUUAACUGUGCAUACCAGGUCCUGCUUACGGAGGGUCCAAGGGCGCUAUACAAAGGGGGCUUCACAAUAUUUGCAAGAUUAGGACCACAGACCACAAUUACAUUUAUAUUAUGUGAGGAGCUGAGGAAACAUGCUGGGUUGGAUGCAAUUUAG